GGCUGCGAUGCGGCGCGCCGAGCGGCUGUCGUGCUGCCGCCCGCCUGCCGUAAAGCGCGGAAGGUCAGUCCGGCCUCCCGCCGCCAGGAGCGGUGUCUGCUCGCGGCGGUGCUGGCACGGAACGGCCGGGAUGUUCCUGCGGCUGCUGGCCGACGUGCGGUGGCGUGGGGCUGAUCCCAAGUGGAGGAGCGCGGCCCGCUGCCGGAGCGCCUCCGGGACGGCCGAAACGCAGCCGGUCCCCCUGCCGGCACAGGCCCGGGUGGUCAUCUGCGGGGGAGGCAUCGCGGGCACCUCGGUGGCCUAUCACCUCGCCAAGCUGGGUUGGAAGGAUGUCGUCUUGCUUGAGCAGGGCAGGUUGGCUGCAGGUACCACGCGCUUCUGUGCGGGCAUUGUGAGCACAGCCAGGCCCGUGUCCCUUGAGCUGAAGAUGGCACACUACUCCAACAAGCUGUACCAGCAGCUGGAGCAAGAGACAGGCGUGCAAACAGGGUACGUGAAGACAGGCUCCGUGUCCCUGGCUCAGACUCAGGAUCGGCUGAUCUCCCUGAAACGCAUUGCUUCAUCUCUCAACGUCUCGGGGAUCCCCUGCGAAAUCAUCAGCCCCAAGCAAGUGGCACAGCUCCACCCGCUCAUCAACAUCCACGACCUGGUGGGGGCCAUGUAUGUGCCUGAGGAUGCGCUGGUGCUGUCUGCCAACGUCAGCCUGGCUCUGGCCACGGCUGCCUCGCGGAAUGGCGUCCAGAUCCACGAGCGGACGAGUGUCAGCCAUGUGUCAGUGCAGAAAGGUCGUGUGACUGGAGUUGAGACCGACAGGGGACACAUUAAAUGCCAGUACUUCGUCAACUGUGCUGGCCAGUGGGCCUAUGAGUUGGGCCACUCUGGGGAGGCACCAGUCAACAUCCCAGUGCAUGCCUGCGAGCACUUCUACCUCCUGACACAUCCUCUGAAGGAACCUCUGGCAAACAACGUCCCCACUGUUGUGGACCCCGAUGGCAGGAUCUACAUCCGCAGCUGGCAGGGCGGAAUCCUCUCAGGGGGCUUUGAGAAAAACCCCAAACCUCUUUUCACGGAGGGACGGAACCAGCUGGAGAUCCACAACCUCCAGGAGGACUGGGAUCACUUUGAACCCCUGCUGAGCUCCCUCCUGCGCAGGAUGCCCAACUUGGAGGCCCUGCAGAUCAUGCAGUUGGUGAACUGCCCGGAGUCCUUCACGCCAGACAUGCGGUGCAUCAUGGGCGAGUCGCCCACCGUGCGGGGAUACUUCGUCCUGGCUGGAAUGAACUCGGCUGGGAUCUCAUAUGGUGGGGGAGCAGGCAAGUACCUGGCAGAGUGGAUGGUACAUGGCUACCCAUCCGAAAACGUCUGGCCUUUGGAUCUGAAGCGUUUUGGCACUCUUCAGAGCAGCCGCACCUUCCUCCGUCACCGUGUGAUGGAAGUCAUGCCUCUCAUGUGUGACCUGAAGGUUCCCCGCUGGGACUUCCAGACGGGCAGACAGCUGCGCACCUCCCCGCUGUACGACCGCCUGGAUGCCCAGGGGGCCAGGUGGAUGGAGAAGCACGGCUUUGAGAGGGUCAAAUACUUCGUUCCACCUGGGAAAGAUCUGCUGGAUUUGGAUCAGAGCAAAACCUUCUACAAACCAGACUGGUUUGAGAUCGUGGGUUCUGAAGUCAAGUGCUGCAAGGAGGCAGUGUGUGUGAUCGACAUGUCGUCCUUUACCAAGUUUGAGAUAAGUUCCACAGGAGACCAGGCGCUGCAGAGCCUGCAGUACCUCUUCUCCAACGACCUGGAUGUGCCAGUGGGGCAUGUUGUGCACACUGGCAUGCUGAAUGAGAACGGAGGCUACGAGAACGACUGCAGCAUAGCGCGCUUGAGCAAACGCAGCUUCUUUAUGAUUUCCCCAACUGACCAACAAGUCCAUUGCUGGGCCUGGCUGAAAAACCAUUUGCCUGAAGAUAGCAACUUGACCAUAGAAGAUGUGACCUGGAAGUACACGGCUCUCAACCUGAUCGGCCCCCGUGCUGUGGAUGUCUUGUCAGAGUUGUCCUAUGCCCCAAUGACCCCGGAACACUUUCCUUCUUUCUUCUGCAAGGAGAUGAGCGUGGGCUACGCUAACGGCAUCCGAGUGAUGAGUAUCACUCACACAGGAGAGCCUGGAUUCAUGCUUUAUAUUCCCAUCGAGUACGCCCUCCAUGUGUACAACGAGGUGAUGAACACGGGGCAGAAGUACGGGAUCCGCAACGCCGGUUAUUACGCGCUGCGCAGCCUGCGGAUUGAGAAGUUUUUUGCCUUCUGGGGCCAGGAUCUGGAUGCCUUUACCACUCCUAUGGAGUGUGGCCGUGAGUUCCAGGUCAAGCUGGAAAAGGGGAUGGAGUUUGUUGGCCAGGAAGCUCUGUUGGAGCAGAAGCAGAACGGGGUGUACAAACGCUUCACCAUGUUCAUUCUCGAGGACCACGACACAGAUAUGGACCUCUGGCCCUGGUGGGGCGAACCCAUCUUCCGCAACGGCCGCUACGUGGGCAAAACCACCAGCAGUGCCUACAGCUACACUCUGGAGCGCCACGUCUGCCUUGGCUUCGUGCAGCACUUCGAUGAGAAGACAGGGGAAGAGCUGGUGGUGACGACUGACUUCAUCAACCAGGGCGAGUACGAGAUCGACAUCGCCGGGCAGCGCUUCCAGGCCAAAGCCAAACUCUACCCCUUCAGCUCCCUCUUUGCUCAGCGUCGCCGCAAGGAUGAGGUGGAACUGAGUGGCUACCAGAGGGAGUAGUGCCGGCUGGAGCCCCACUCCUUUUUCCCAAGCUGGAGCCUUCAGCUGCCACCUUCCAGUGCUCUCUCCACACCUCCAUACGUUUCUUUUCUUUUUUUCCUUUCCAGCCUUGCAACUUUUAAACUUUUUUCCAGCGUGUUCCAUUUUGUAUGUUUUAAAACUUUUAAUUCUCCAGCUUUCUGAACCCUGUCCAUCUCCCUCCCUCAGCCCUUUGCUUGCCAGGCUCCCCCAUGUCUCAAAGCACAGUGCUGAACGUGCACCCAGGUGCCCAUGGGAGCGUUUCAGUGGGAAGCCUGUAAAGGAGCAAACAUCUCCAUAGCCCUGCAGUGAUGGGAAGGGCUCAGGGGAGCUCCUGAGGACUACAGCCUUUCUCUCUCCUGCAGUAUAAGGCACAGGACAGCAGGUAUUGGCUCUGCUCUGCUGUCACUUUGGCAGGUGACCACUUUGCAGAGGGGUCAGUGCGUGGAUGCACACAGCCAUAGAGCGACCAGCUACCUCACCAGCACAGCACACAGCACUGGGUGAGCAGGCAGGUGUUGGUGUGUCCCAGCCAGCCCCACCAUUUUGCCUAGCAGGGAACCCAGUAGGUUUAACCAUCACAUCAUGGAGAUGAUGCUGGUAAGUCUUUCAUUGUCAUUUGGGUUGGAUUUUUUUUUUGUGGGGGGUCAGUGUUGGUCUUCAGUUGUAUUUAUAGGAAUUCUACAUGGGUAGAUAAUGCAUAUAAUCUGCCUUUAUGUAUAGAAUUGAAGACCAACACGUGUUUUAGUUCUGUAAGGGAGUGGGGUUGUUUUCUAUUAGCAGAAAUAGGGCAGGUGUUGGCGUUCCACGCUGCCAGCACUGUUGAAACACCACUUUGUUUCAGCCACACAGUGUGCAGUCCCUCUGUGAGCAUUCUUUCACUUUCCCUCAUUGACAUGACUGUCUGGCAAGGUUCAUGCAGAGAACACAAGUUUUCUUACCAACUCGUGUUUGGGGACAUAAGGAAAGCAGGCGGCGCCAAGUUGUGUCACACAGGUUGACAUCUUUCUCUUCUUCUGGUUGUGGGAGCGACCAGAAGCAAAGCUUUUCUUUAUUUCCUGGAAGGAGGUUGGCUGUGCCUCCUGGCCCUGGCACCCACCUAUUCACUAUGGCUUUCCUGCUCCCCUCCAUGCCAACAUUGCCCUGGAGUUUAAGCUCAGCCUUGCACUGAUGCAGCCUUGAUGAACACUUUGUAAUUUGGGGGCAUUUUCCAGUGAAGUGGUGAACAUCACGAGUGUAAAUAUGAGCUCUAAGCCUUGGCAAGCUCCCGCUUCGUUUCCUGCUACUUCAGUUGUGCCUUCAGUUGAGCCUUUGGUCGGCCAGUUUGUGGUUGAGAUGUUCUCAGUGUGAAGUUGGAUGGAGCUGAGGCAACGAGGGUGGAAGGGAAAACCCUUUAUGCCUUAAGAACAGAGCAAGUUCCCCAUUCAGGCUGGUACGGAAGCUGCAGAAAUUACAAGUGGAACUUUGUGUUGACUCUCCAGUACCAGAAAUAGAGUGAGAGCAGCCCUACGUCGCGCCGCUCGACGGAGGAGCGCUGUGCCAGGGUUGAGGCUCAGGGCUGGGCGGUUUGGCACCUGCUCCUGCCUUCCCUUCUGCAAGUUCUGGUUCUCCUUUUGGAUCUGGAGCUGCGUUCUGUCCCUCGCUGUGGCCGUGCCUGACCUCCCAUGCCUUGCUGGUCUUUGAGAGGCUGCUGAAGCAACCCGUGCUGGAGAAAGGACUUCGUUGUUGACGUUUAAUGACCUGGGGAUGAGAGGAAGCCAGCUGUUGAGAAGCGUUUUCUAUUUCAGCAGGGUGUGCUGCGGUGAUUGUCACAUCUAUCUUCGCCAGACUUCAUUUCUUCCUCGUGUCUCUGUCUGGAUUUGCUGCUCCUUGCUGCUGCAGUUCAUCUUGCUGUUCUGUGGUGAGCAGGAGGGGCCGUGCAAUGCCUGCCCUGCACCUUGGGGUCGUGUUUCAAGCCUGGCUUCCUCCUCCUGUUGCUGUGCCCACUCCCAUCCCCUGGCACAGGGCUUCCUUGGGCUGGAGUCCUGUGCUUCCAUGGGACCUCAGGCCAUGACUGAUGGGGGUGAAAAGCAGGGACUGAAACUCUUACAUUUGAGGAGGGGAAAAAAAUUACGACAAACGACUGCCCUCCACUUUUGCAAAGGAAAUCCGUUGCUUAUGGGGCAGGAUUCUUGUUUUAGAGCAGAACACGUGGCUGCUGGUAAAGCCCAGCAAAAAAACAUCAUCACCUUUGGAUUUGUCUUCCCGACUGGUUUCAUUGGGACAUUUGGGCAGCUCGAUUCUUGCCCGUGUCAGCAAGUUGAAGGCUUUCAACUUCCUUAAGUGGCUGCCGGGGCUGGGGCUGGCUUAUUUUACCUCCCUGUUCCAGCGGGAAACAGGAUGCAGGGGAGCAGGGAGCAGUGCCACCAGGCACGCAGGAAGAGCAGGCAGCAUUUCUCUUUGCACUUUAACCGCUCAGAGCCCUCAGCAGGAGCAGCCCUGUGUGUUUUGGGGCAGGAGAAGAGCCUGCAAGCAUUGGCUCAGCUCCUCCUGGGCAGGGUGAGGCUCUGCAGGCAGGCAGCCCGUGCUCCCACCGCGUGUACCUGCAGGCUGUUGCUCAGAGCCCCUCUCUCUUCUUGCAGUCUCCCGUUUUCAAGAGCUGCAAGGACUUCCAAAAGGGUUCUGUGGCAGAAAUGUUAGGAACGAGUGCAGCUCGAGGCUGUGAAAGCGUUCCUUAGUGCCUUACAUGGUGGAAGGGGUGGAGGCGGGCAGAGCAGCUCACUGUGCCCGCGCAGGGUCUCUGCAUGGGAGGAUGCAGGCAGCUCCUUCAAGGGGCUGAGGAGAUGCAGCACUGCUCCUGCCUGGCCAUGGGGGACACGGAUUGUUCCCAAGCACACAAACAGGGCUGAGCUGGCUGCUCUCUGCUGGGGCUGUUCUGUAUGCUGUAUUUAUUGCCGUGCUUUACGUCAUUUCAUAUUUUGGUUGGCUUGAAUGUUGCUAGGUUUGUAUAUUAAUAAAGAAGUGUUUUAACUACUCCUGAA